AUGGAGGAACAUGCAGGAGCGCAGCCGGGAUCGGGCGCUGAAGCGGCAUGUGCAGCGGAACAAAGCGCUGGAGACGACGGGAGAGCCGAUCUGUCGCUCGCUGGUUCAGCCGCGAGUUGCACAACAAGAGCUAGCCGUGUUCCAAGUGCUAACGGUAAUGCUAAUGCUAACGCGGAACGAUCGGAUGUUUUGGAAAUGAUGGAGCCUGACAGAAAGGCAGCGCAGGCGAAAGAGGAACCGGAGCACAGAGGGGAACAGGCUGCACCUGUGUCUUCAGCUACGGAUAUAAAACAGGCUCCAAACUCGGAGUUAGUAAACAAACCAGGCAGAGAUGAGCCCUCUAUAGGCACCACUGUUCCUGUGCACACUGCUAACGCUGAUUCCGAGAUCCUACAGGACAGCCCCAAGCUACCCGAACCCAACACUGUGGGUCCGGACACCAACGCUGGCAAAGCCAAAUCUACUGAGGAGUCUAAUGGAGGCAGCCUUUCGGAAGGUCUGCCCAGUCUGGACUCUCUGGAUUCCUUCUCUAAUUUAAAUUCCUGCCCCAGCUCAGAUCCGGUCAGUGAAACUUUGGAGGAUCAGGAUAAAGCGCAGACUGGGGCUCAUCAGGGUCAGCAAGUGGAUGAAGGGGCCAAAGGUCCGAGCUCCAAAGAGCGAUGUGGCCCGGUUCAGUCUAUUUACCAUAUCAAGUGGAUCAAGUGGAAGGAGGAGAACACGCCCAUCAUCACCCAGAACGAGAACGGCCCAUGCCCUCUGCUGGCUAUCAUGAACGUGCUUCUGCUGGCAUGGAAGGUGAAGCUGCCACCCAUGAUGGAGAUCAUAACAGCAGAGCAGCUAAUGGAGUACCUGGGAGACUACAUCCUCGAUGCCAAACCCAAGGAGAUCUCGGAGGCUCAGCGUCUGAACUAUGAGCAGAACAUGAGUGAUGCCAUGGCGGUCCUGCACAAGCUGCAGACUGGUUUGGACGUGAAUGUAAAGUUCACAGGUGUUCGGGUGUUUGAAUACACACCUGAGUGUAUUGUCUUCGACUUGCUCGACAUCCCUCUCUACCACGGGUGGCUGGUUGAACCCCAGAUGAGUGAUAUAGUAAAGGCGGUGGGAAACUGCAGUUAUAACCAGCUGGUGGAGAAGAUCAUAAGCUAUAAGCAGUCUGAUAACAGCGAGUUGGCUGGAGAAGGUUUCGUGGCGGAGCAGUUCCUGCACAGCACGGCCACCCAGCUGACGUACCAUGGCCUUUGUGAGCUCACGUCUACGGUGCAGGAGGGAGAGCUGUGUGUGUUCUUCAGGAACAACCACUUUAGCACCAUGACCAAAUUCAAGGGCCAGUUGUAUCUGUUGGUAACUGAUCAGGGCUUUCUGACGGAGGAGAAGGUGGUGUGGGAGAGUCUGCACAACGUGGACGGAGACGGAAACUUCUGCGACUCGGAGUUUCGUCUGAGACCGUCCGAUCCUGAGACCGUCUACCAAGGUCAGCAGGACCAGAUUGACCAGGACUACCUGAUGGCGCUGUCACUGCAGCAGGAGCAGCAGGUAUCCGAGAUGGGUUGGGAGCUUCCUGAGGGUAUCAGUGAUCUGGAACUGGCUAAAAAGCUGCAAGAGGAGGAGGACCAUCGGGCAUCUGAAUUCUACCAGGAGCAGGAGGAGGAGCAGGAGCAGGCCGCUGUAGCUGCGCAGGCCCAGGUGCAGGCAGCAGGUGGCGCUGUGGCUGAAGGAGCAGUGGGAGCCUCUUCUGGAGCAGCAGCAGCUGCAGCAGCAGCAUCUGCCAGUCCAGGAAAGCACAGCUCCACCAGCGAGCGCAAAGCCAAAAAAGAGGCCAAGGAGAAGGACAAGUGCGUGCUGCUGUAACCGCUGCGGCUGUCUUAGAUUUGACUGAACUGCAGAAGCUGGUCGCUGGACACAGACUCGGACCUACGCGAGGAGACCGAGUUGGGCGGAGGAGAAGAGGAUCUGCUGUUCCUAAGCCACUGGUGCCUGACGUUGUUUACCCUCAGCGCUUCGAACUCGGUGUAGAGCAAACUGGAGGGACAGAAUCGCACUACGCCGCAGGGAGAGCUAGCCCGGCCUGGCUGCAGCCCACGGCUUUUAUAGCUAAAUGUACCAGAGGGGGAAUUAACGGCAGCAGUUUGCGCUCGGUUUCCAUGACAACAGUUGUUUAUAAGCAUUUUUAUAUGCUGUUUUAUAGCUGAUAUAUUCACACUUCUUAUAUAUACAGGUAAGGGUCAGGUUCAGAUGCUUUUUUGGAGCUUGUGUUUCGGACAGACGAUGCAGAGAGGUAGCAGGCCUACGUAUGACACUCGCGCUGUACCACCGUGUGCCAGUCAGCUUCUGGGCUUUAAGGGUUCAUGCCAAACCUUAGCAAUUGACAGAGAGGGACAUGAAACCAUUGCUGUUAAUGUAUAGAAUUUUUGAGAUUAUUGCCAGUAGGCGAAAGAGAUUAAUGCCAGUAGGGAUGGGCGAUAUUUAUCUAUGAUACCGACUGUUUCACGUGGAUGUAUUUUAUUUUUCUCCCUCCUACGUUAUAUUUUUUAUUAUUAUUUCAAAGGGGUUUGCUGGUAAUCUCUGAUUCUAUACCAGAAUUGAUGGGACACACAUUUUAUGAGCAGAAGACUCGUUAAACACUAAUUGCAACAAGCAUGCCUGCUAAAGCAUUUAACAGAAGUUGAAUAGCCACUUGUUUGGUAGAUUAGCCCAACAGCAGUUUGAAUCUUGCCUGGUGUAAAAUGGGUUUUAUAAGUUUGAAAGCUUUUCAUAACAUUACUAUCGCAAUAAAUUCCAUCGUUGUAUGCUUUCUGAGAAUAUUGUGGAUAAUAUUGGUUCUUAGGAAUGACAGACUUGUGUCAUGCUCAUAGUAACAAGUAGUUGGCUGGAUAAUAAAAUCUAUUUUUGUACCAACUAUCCUUCCUUUUUGUAUUUUGGCUUGUUUUUUUUUGUACAGACUUAAUUAAAUAUGACUAUAACCCUCCGAAACGGAGCACUUGUGACCAAUAAUGAGGAUAUGCUCAGAAAGUGAAUAAAGAUGUGAACGAUUGUGAUAGUAAUGAUGUAUCUAUCGCCUGUCCCUGUUUUCCUUUUGGCUGUUUUAUUGUCCUCGUGACUCAGUGUCUCCUGAUCCUUUCGCAGGCCUCGGAUUCAAACAGGCGUAAAUACGUCUGUGUAGGGUCUUUGUGUGUACUAGACCGUGUAUUGUUACAGUUCAGCUUGUACAUGCUGUUAGUUUUCUUGCCAGAUGUGUGCUGCGUCAGUGUUGAGAAGUAGAGUCCCGAUUUCAAGCGUUUAAGGCGCAUGCACUACCCGUCGGUCGCCACUUUAACAUGCUGCCAUGAUCCCGAGCUAGACUAACCCACCUCACGUAUUCACACUAUUGCAUUCAAUCGUAACAGAUCACUUUAUAUGACGUACUGAUGAUUAUUUUCUUUAUUGUUUGUGCCACGGCUGGAGUUGUGUUCACACUACUUGUGAUAUUUUGCUGUGUAAAUACAUGUAUACUUGCACAUUAGAGCUAGCUACGUGUAAGAGCUCGCCCCACCAUGUGCUACUGCCUUUUUCUGAGGCACAAACUCUUCCUAUUUAUACAUUCCAGCUGGAUGCCUUUACCUCCAGUGUUGUGUUGAGGUUCAGAACCACACACUUCUCUGCUGGGACAGUUGAUCUUAACUGCAUUUUAUGGACUGUGAUGUCCAUUUUAUGAUGUUUUUGAGUUUGGUUUGCCCCAGUAUUAGGAUGAGUUUGUUUGUAGUAGAAGAACGGGUCCUAAUCUCAAUCCGGUGAAACCCAGACAAUGCACUUUUCUAUUUUUUUUUGUGUGAUUCAACACACCUGAACUAUUCUUAAUGCAUCAUUAUGACUCCUAAACAUUUAACUUUUGGAUUAAAUGAAUCAGGAUGAGCUCUGCAACUACAAGGGCUAUAUUUAAAAAUUUUAAGUUGGUAAAUGGGUAACACGUAAUGAAUUGUGGAUAUAAACAUCAAUAGAACCAGAUAAACUGAGAUGUAGCUUUGAUUCCACCAGCCAUUAUAUUAUUAUAUACUUGCGGAGCUAUAUAAUACAUCCUUUCAUUAAUUAGAUUAGCUUUAUGGGUAUACAGUUAGUGACUGUAGCCUACUUGUUGCUCUGUACACUGUCUACCCCAUUAAUCAAUCAAAAAGAAACCUAACAGAACCUCUACUGACCGUAUAUUAUUUGGGUGAUGGCUCGUUCUCAGCACUGCAGUGACCCUAACAUGGUGAUGACAGAGUAGUGUGUCCUGCUUUCAGAUAAGUGUCUCAGGCACAGCAUUUUCAUGGCAAUAUAAAAAGAGUCAGAAGACAAACAAAGGUUACUGACUUUGUACUCUAUAAAAUAAAGAAUAAAACUCUUAUGACCACUGAGAGUACAAGACAAUGAUAUUUAAUUAAAUGAAGGUUGAUGCGACAAAACGGUUCACCUUUCAGCCCUGGUGGCUCAGUGGGUGAAGUCAGGGUGUCGAGUACAUCAGUAUGAGAAUCUCAGAAAUCUUUUUUAGUAGCAAGCGCAACAAGAGAAAUGUUGUUUUUAAAGCACCAUAAAAAAGGAUUGAAGGAGAUUAUUUUCAGCUGCUUGGACAAAAUUUUAUGGCCUGCCUAAAGUCCAUUUUUAUGAUAAACUGAACUGUCUAUUGAAUAAAUCAUCGAUGUGUUUAAUACAUGUAUCUUAUAAUGGCUGAAAUAUAUUUCAGCUUUGGAACAAUAAAAACUGCACUUCUGUCUCUCAGCGUGCCAAGUUUUGACUUUUUGAGCUUCACGUUUGCUCAUGAGUUCACGAGACUUAGACUAAGCUGUAAGUUCUGUCCCUCAAUAUGCUUUAAAGCAGACACGUAGCCCUAUUCAUAUUUAUCAUG